UCGCAAUCAGACUUAUCACCCAACCCCCGCAAAACACAAACCAGGUCUCAACAGCUCAGCUUCCGCGCGCGUUGUCUGCUUGAUCUGUGAGGAUUUUGAGAGGGGCGCGACUAGCUGUUGUUUGAUUGCGAAGAGUGUGCUCGGCUUGGCUGCCCGCGACCGUGGUGUAGUCUCUCCUAUCGAAUGCUGCAUCUGCUGCUGCAUCUGCCGCAAUUAUCGACGACGACGCUUCAAUGACGAGAUCAAGGCGUGGUGUUGUAGCUAUACUGGUUGGAUCAGUGCUGCUCUGUCCUAUACUCUACUGUAUAUAUUUCGACUACAAACGACGCCAUGAUCCAGCCUUUCGCAAACUCCUCCGGAGAACGGGCAAACAUCACCGGCAGAGAGAAGCAAAGCUGCAGAAUCUGAGGUUCAGGCGGUUAAUCGACAGUCGCAUAUCUGAGCUCGAGUUGAACAGACGAGCGACGCUGCCGCCGGUCGAAAAUUCGCGGUUUAUUCUCGAUAAUCUGUCGAUUGGAGAGAACUGUGCAUCGCAGGGCGAUUAUGAAAACAGCGCACUGGCGUUCUACACUGCUCUUUAUGUAUAUCCGAGUCCCGAAGAACUUUUAAACUCAGUAAUGGCAGACGAUAACGUCCGACCAGUACUGCAGCAGAUGAUCAAACUGCGACCCUUCAGACCGCCUGCACAGCGAUACCACGUCUCUCCCACAAUACUCUAAUUUCCCACUCCUACUCUUAUCCAACGUGGUCUGUCAUCACCUACCGCUCUCAUCAUAUAGAUAUUGCUUUUCUUCCUUUUUUUUGGCAUACGUGGGUCGUCGUCAACUUUGCGCGGUCGCUCUCACCUCUUGUAUUAAUCACAUGCCAGUCUGGCAUUCCUUGUCCUUCUGCUUUCAUCGCUCUGUACAGUGUUCUCGAGACAACAUCUGCUGCAAGACACUACUAAUCUAAUCCUUUGUACUUUUUGUUAUCUUUUUUUAUCUGGGUUUUUAGAUUGCAUAUAAUGGCGAGUCGGGUUUUCUUUGUUUUUAUUCUCUUUGCUGAUUACUAGUAGUAU